AUGUUUAAUUUCGAAGAGGUCCAACUACAGUUCCAGAUCCAAUCGCCCAUACAAAAGCUUCUUGUGAAAGGCAAUGUGCUUUAUCUAGUGCUCAUAAAUGGUUUAGUGUACCGGAUAUAUCUAGACAACCCGGAGAAGGUAGAUAAGAUACAGGUGGAUUCCAACAACGUAACCGUUGCGAACGCUUACUUGGACCCCUACGGUUACCAUUUGGUGGUCCAAACGACUAAGAAUGAAUACUUCUACCUGAAUAUCCACUCUGUUCAGUUUAAGUCAUUAUCGAAACUCAAGGGAAACUCCGUCUGUUCAUUUGUGUUUUUUAGUUCACAUGUCACAAAGAAAAAUACGGGCCCAAUCCUUGUGGGAACCACCACUGGUAUCAUUAAUGAGUACAGAAUAGAGCAGAACAAAGAGAGAAGCUUUAAGCAGCUAUGGAGAGGAAAAGAUACAUUAACGGCCAUGUACGCUACACAAGACGAGAAGGACAUAGUAUCACUUGUUGUUCACCUGGGCGAGCGAAAACUUGCGCGAUUUCAAGGUUCACUUGGAGACUCGUUGCUAAAUAACAACCCUUUACUGUUGUCUUUUGGCGUUAUCUCCGUGUUCACUGCUAAUGAGUCGACAUUUGCAUUCAUUGAACAAACAGACGAUGGCAGCUCACGUUUGGUGAUUGGUGAUUUGGCCUUUCAAACUCGCAACGAACUUCAACGAUACGAAAUUUCGACAGCCGAUUACAAAAGUCUGCUUCUCACCAAGUACCAUUUGAUUGCAUCUUCUCGAAAUGAGAUGGUAAUUUUCAACCAGCUAAAUGGAAAGCAGGUAUCGCAAGAACACUUGAUUUUUGAUGUCUCCGAUACGACGGCUGACUAUCGUAUGCAAACUUAUUGGGUAUAUUCCUCUUCGACUAUUCACGAGUUGGUGGCAGACGAAGAACACUCAGAUGUUUGGAAGGUGAUGAUGGAGAAAAAAAUGUAUGAUAGUGCAUUACAAUUAGUCGGAAGUGACCAGCUCAAACGCGAUAUUGUGCUCAUAAAUAAGGGCUACGAUUUGCUCGAGAAUGGAGAUACAGACGAAGCAGCCAGAGUUUUGGCAAACACCUCGGAGUCCUUUGAGCAAGUGGUGCUAAAGUUCAUGAAAAGCCCAAGCCUGCUAGUGUAUUUGGGAGCUAAGCUCAACAAACUACCCAAAUCAAUGUACAUGCAGCGUGUCAUGCUGACCAGCUGGAUGGUGGAGCUUUAUGUGAAGAAAAUCAACUCUGGAGAGUCUCCUGACCUUGAAGGGUUUUUGAAACAAUACCAGGACUCGGUCGACAAAGAAACGGUUUAUCAGAUAUUACUUUCCCAUAACCGGAAAGAAGAGCUAGUGCGAUUUUCUUUGAUGAAAGAAGAUUACUCAUUUUUGUUGAAAUAUUACCUGAACUUACAGCAGUGGGACAAAGCACUGCAAAUCUUGUCCAAGGAACAAAAACCAGAACUUAUCUACAAAUGUGCAACAGCAUUACUUAUCAACUAUCCGGCUAAAACCGUGGACUUAUGGCUGCGUCUGGUGGAUGAUUUGGACUUCAGGAAGUUGCUUCCAGCCUUAUUGACAUACAAUAAGUCCAUAGCCCUAGGACACGGGAUUGCUCCUAAACACAAUCAAGCGCUCCGCUUUUUGAAUUUUCUUGUUAAAGAGAAACAAAUCAAAGACAAACUCGUGCACAAUACACUUCUCUCGCUGUUGGUGACUUAUCCGUCGGAUGAUGAGAAGCUGGUAUUGAAUUAUCUCGAAAGCAGAUCAAAGACUCUUUUCAACCGUGAAAAAAGUUACGAGGUGCUAUUCGAUGCAGACUUUGUACUUCGACUGUGUUUUGAGUACAACAAAAUUAAGAGCGCCAUUUUCAUCUACUCCAUGCUAGAAGAUUACGAAAGUGCAGUUUCGCUAGCCUUGAAGCAUGGCCUGAUCGAGUCUGCUAUCCUCGUCGCAGACAAGCCCAAUCCAUCGUUAGAACGCAAAAACUUGUGGCUUCAAAUAUCGACCAUUCUGAUUCAAAGAACGGUUAACAAUCAGCCUGUGGCUUUGGAACUUGGGGAGGGCAAUAAGAUCCGCAAUUUGCUGAGCUACCUGAUGAAGAAAUGCGAUCUUUUGACGAUGAAAGACCUGCUUCCUUUAUUCCCUGACUUCGUGAUCAUUGACGACUUCAAGGACGAGAUAGUGCGCUCUCUGGAGUCGCUUUCAAAUGAUAUGGAGAAUCUAUCAACAGAAAUGACGGCAUCGCUACACCAAUCAGAAAAAAUCAGUCGCAAGAUGGAAGAAUUCCAGCAAGAUAGAUUCCAGAUCAUUGAGCCAAACGAGUCGUGUGGUCUUUGUGGCAAGAUCCUUGUUAUUCGGAAAUUCAUUGUGUUCCCAUGUCUACAUUCGUUCCACCAAGAUUGCUUAGUGAGAGAAAUAUUGGAGUCCACUGAUUAUAAAUCUAAAAAUGCUAUUUACAAGCUGCAAAAAAGGCUUUUAGCAGCAAAGGGUAACAAACCAAUGAUGGAGGAGCUUAAACAGGAGAUAGACCAGUUAUUGUCUGCUAAGUGCUGUCUGUGCAGUGAUAUCAAAAUCAACAGUAUCGAAGAGCCGCUAGUCAAAAGUGCUGAUAAAGAGCAGAGCGCAUGGCUUUUGUGA